CCUGGAACCCAAGCACAGCUGAAGAUGUUUUCUGUUCACCCCUCAGUCCUCGUCAAUAGGGGGAGGUGUUUUUUUUUAACAUGUAUACGCCCACAUAGGGGGCGACAAACAGACACAGCACUGUGUAAUGAGGAGCAGAUGAAACAACAAGAUCGGAGAGCAGAACAGAACCGGGGUGUGACAUACUGAAUCUUCAGGUCUUCAGUCAGUGGAAACAAAGUGGAAAUCAUGGGGAAACUCGUACUUUUUCUCUUCUUUGUUCUGUGCAUUAGUGGCUCCCUUCAAAACGACAAAGGAAAAUCAAGACCCAAAGCCUCAGACUCUGAUGUUCCUUUGCCCAGGUCAUUCAUUGGGAAGCCUUACAAAAUUGUCCAAAAUGGGACUCUGGCUCCAAUGUUACCUCAUUCUGUUCCAGCACUGACGUCUCUCAGCAACAACACAGUGCGUUACCUCAGCAGCCCUUUAACCACAAGGCUCAUUCCCAUUGUUUACAUGUUAUUGGUUGCUAUUGGGGUUCCAGCCAAUGUUGCCAUCUUGUACACAGUGGGCUCUAAAAUCAGGAAAGUGUCUUCUGCCAUCCUCUACUGCAGCCUGGCCGUCUCCGACCUCUUCCUGCUCCUCUCCCUCCUCUUCAAAGCCCACUAUCAUCUCUAUGGAAACCACUGGACUCUGGGGGACACUGCCUGUCGGGUGGUCACGGCCUGUUUCUAUGGCAACCUCUACUGCUCUGCCCAGACGCUGGCCUGCAUUAGCAUUAAGCGCUACCUGGCUGUAGUGCACCCUUUCAAGUACAAAACCCUACCAAAGAGGUUAUGUACCUUCUGGGUUGCCGUGGCUGUUUGGACUGUGUUUGGAGCCGCUGUCGUCCCAGAACUCCUGGUCCAGCAGAGCUACUGGCUUCCUGAGCUGCAUCGCAUCACCUGCCACGACGUCCUCCCUCUGGGACAAAACUCCCACGUGUUCCUGCUUUACUACAACCUGGUCCUGACCAUCUUUGGCCUCCUGGCUCCUCUGGUGACCAGCGUCUUCUGCUUCAUCAAAAUCAUCCGUGAGCUCAACCAGUCGCACCACGACUGGCGGUUAUACAUCAUGAGCAGCUCGCUGGUGUUUGUCAUCUUUCUGGUGUGCUUCACCCCCGCUGGAGUUCUGCACUUCCUGCAUUACGUGCAACUGUUUGUAGACAGAACAGAGAACUUGUAUUUGUACUUUAAUUUGGCGGUGUGUCUGUGCUGCCUCCAUGCCUGUCUGGACCCUUUUCUCUUUGUCCUUAUGUCCAAAUCUACAGGCUCCACACGAUAUUUCAGAGCAUUCAAAGGCAAAACCCUUAGCAUAUCAGUCUAACAGCCAGUUGGUUUGAAGGCUUUGGGUUUUGUUUGUUUGUUUGUGUUUUUAUUAAAUUGUUUUGGAGCUUAUGUAAAUGCAAACACGGUCUGGGCUGAAAUAAAAGCCUUCUAAUCCAGUUGAUGUGACGUUCCCCAUCAUAAAAAUAAAUAGCUAUAAAUUGACUGUACAUAGAUCAAAACAAUAGAACUGGAAUAUACUCUCAACCAUAAUCUUUCUCGGACUUUUGAGGGCUUUGCAGGACCAAAGCAUUUCAACAAGGCCUAUGUCACAUAACAAACCUAUUGUGUUCUCUUCCUGUCGUCUGUAUGUCAACUUUUGCCCUUGUACUGUAUUUCCUUUGUAAUAUAAAAAUAUUUUGUACAUAUUAAUUAAUAAACUUUUAGUUGGUUUUCAAAAAACUGACAAUAUGAAUUGA